GGAGAGAUCUUUGAGUCAACAAACUGACAAAAUGUCUUCUUCAAAUUGAAAAAUUGAAAAAGCAGCACCUUAUUUAAGUCUAACUGUAUACCAUUUUAGUGCAUGUAUUAGUUUUAAUAAUGAUUUUUGGUGCAUGCCUUUGGGCUUAUUCAAAAGUGUACAAUAGGAAAGUAUACGUAUUUCCUUUCUUAGAAAGGAGAUGUUUUUCUACUUUGCAACAUGUGAUUACAAAAAUCUUCCUCUGUGGGAAGAUUAACCAUGUAUUGAACUACUGAAAAGUAUAUAUUUUUAGAUAUACAGAAGGAAUCUACAUGGAGCAGCAUUCAGACCUAUAUAGAAGUCAUAGCAUUCUGUAUAGGACCAAAAAGGAAAUAACAUUAAACAACUUAAACAGACUUUGUUGGGUAGAAAUACCUUUAGAUCUUGCAUUGACAUCCAAAAACAAAAUGCCACAAAAGUUUGCUGAGAACUUUUGUCAUUUGAAUUUUCUCUGUCAGUGUAUUUAGCCCAAAUAGAACAGCUUUGGGUUAACACAUACAUAAGAAUCAAAAAAACAAAGCUAACUAAAUAAAUCAGUCUGGUUUGCCAAUCCAGCUGGACUAAAUAAGUAAACUAAUCACUUGCAACAUGAAAAACUGUCCAACUCCUCUAAGGUUUUGACAAAAUAACCUUGGCUGAUGUGGGAAAACUCCCACUUUGAUUUCUGACCUGACAGUGAAGGUUCAUGCUUGACAUGAUUUCAAACCUGACAGUGUCUGUUUAAGGAGCUAUGGUACAGUUUGCUAAUUCAAUCUCAGAUACCUGUUGAUUACCUGUGAGAUCUAGAGUCCAAAGUAGCCAGCAGCCGUAUCCCUGAGUGCUCUGUGCCCAUCAGAUCUCUUAAAGUUAAGCAGGCUUGGGACAGGUCACAGCUCUGAUGAGUGACCUCAGGAGCUGUGGACAGCCCCAGAUUCAAUUGUAUCUGCUUUCUUGGGAGUCAUCACUGAACUAAUGUCCCACAUGGUGUUACUUCCUGUAGAUGCUCUCUCUUGGAGGAGGCCCAGAGCACACAUCCUAAUCGCUUGUGGUACUCAGAGAGGGGGUGCUAACUCUGAUGCCCUGGCCAAAUUCCAGUUUAGGGAUGUGGGUCUUCUUGCCAUUCUAAUUGGAAAUGUGCAUCGCUUCCCAUUUUCCCUGUUGAUCUCAGUGCAGACUGCACUGGUAUAUUUCUUUGCCCUGAUCCCAAGUCUUUAAGAUGCUGGUGUGUAUUAUAUGGGCCAAGUUCAUGCCUUAUCCUAAUGCUGGAAGGUUGAGGAGUGAGUGAGCUUGGUAUCACAGUGCCCUAUAGUAGGAGGGUAAACUCUUGUGAUGAUUUAGGGAUGAAGUUGGUCCUCUUUUUAGCAUAAAUUGGGAAUGUACACUGGUCAGAGGCUUCCAGCCAUGAGGUGUGAACUGAAACCUAUUUUCCCUCUUUUCUUAUAGCAUGUUGAGAAAAUCUGUUGGGUUUUUAGCAGUCAGGGAAGGCCGGAGUUCUGCAGCUUUAAUCUGGGUAACUGAGGCUGGUUUGAGCAAGACUUUGGUUAAUUAACUAGGUUCUCAGAUGCCACAGACUCCGUGAAAAGUCACCAUUAUUUUCAAUGGUUGUGAUAGAAUUUCCCUCAGUAGCCAUUAUUUUAAGAUUAUAUUGCAGAGUUGCUUUAUUUGAGCUUUUUGUGUAUACACAAUCCCAAACUGGAAGAAAUAAUAAUUUAAAAAAAAAGGAAUCCUGCUGUGAAAGGUAUAUAUUACUCUAGAUUUUUCUUACUGUAAAUAUUGUAAGAUUGUAAUACUGUCAAUAUUUUAUUAACCAACAAAUGUUAAUCUAUGUGAAUUCAGACUUAUUUUAAAUGUGCUUCUUAUUUACUGUGUGUGGUCCCUGUUGCUGACAGUAUUAAGUUAUAUUCUGAUGUAAGAUUAACUUUAUUAAAGAAUGUAAACAUUAAUGUUUCCUUAUGGGAAAACAAAUAAAGUAUAAAGAAGACAAUUCUUUUCAUUAAAAUAUACUGUGUAUUUACACUUGCUAGACCCAGCACCACUUAUAAAUUUAGUACACUGUUCAAAAUUUUAGUUAACACAGCUGACAUGGUUGUGCUCUGGAAGCCUAAGAGUAGGUAUUGUUGGAAUAUGAACAGUUUGUAUUUGUCCGCUGUGAAUCAUAAUCUUGAAAUUUCUAAUCAAGUUUGUAAAAUUUUUAUAGUAAAACAUUUUAAUGACAAUUUAAAAAUUUAUCUUCUCUAAAGAAUGGUCAAAACAAUAUCCUUUCAGAAAUAGAAUUGUUCUUUAAUAUCUUUCCAAAAUGACUUUGGUUAAAUGGACCAGAUGUAUAUUAGUUAAAAUUUAGGACAAAGUUGUAAUAUUCUUUGAGUUUACAAGUUAAUCCUUAUUGGAGAUGUGCCAAUUAUACAGUAGAAUAUCAUUAAUUUGCACUGUUUGGGGACCCCAUUAAGAAUGCUGAAUUUUGCCAACUAAGAAGUAAGCAAAUGCAAUUUAAAAACUAAAUUUGAGCAUUCUGUAUUAAAUAUGUGCAGUUAUUAUCACAUGAAGAAGCGCAGUGUGUCGGGCUGUAAUAUAACCAUACUUGCUGUCAUGUUCUCCCAUCUCAGUGCUGGGAACUCACCAUGUGGAAACCAAGCAAAUGUGUUGUGCAUCAGCCGGCUUGAGUUUGUUCAAUAUCAAAGCUGAAACUAGCGAGGUCUGCUGUACUGCUUAUUGAAGUAUUGUGAUUCUUUUAGGCAUUGAUUCUUAAAAAAUAUAUACUGUAACAGUAUACUUUGUACAGAUUUAAAUUUUAUUUGAAAAAAAAUGAAAUAAAGUAGGCAAAAAAAUAAAGAUGUUUAUUUUUCAUGUGACUGUAUAAACA